AUGGCAGGGAGGUGUUACUUGCUGAGUGUGAGCAAUCUCGUGGGCGCGUGGUUCGAGGUGGGAAGCAGCGCGCUGCACAAAUUCAGCACGGCGAGCGGCCUGUCGUGCAACGCCGCCAAGUACUCCGCGCUCGCCACCGCCACUGACGGCAGCAACGUCGCUGGGUUUCUCAGUCGCGGCCUUCGCACCGUCAGUCCGUUACGAGCCGAUCAGGUGUGGCGCAUAUCCGCAGCAGCAGGGCGCAUCUCGCGCAACCUGCGCCGUGUGUGCGAGGCGGCCGUUUACAGCGCCAGGGCGCACGCGUCCCUGCAGGCGAUGCUUGUGCCGGGGCCUCAGGGGGUGGGUGGCGGGGUAAACAGCAGCGGGACUACGCCCACUAGUGACAGCAGCAGUAACAGCACGAGCCCGUUUUCCCAGCAAGCCAACGGAACUGCGCUUGCAGCUGUGGGCAUACUGGCUGCGUCUGGCGCCACCCUGUCACAGCAGGCCCUCGCGAUCUACAAUCAGCUGGGAGCGCUGCAGCAGCAUAACAACCGCGCCAGCACAUUCAACGACCCGCAGGACCCCGGGCUGGACGUCACGAAGCAAGGGCUCGCAGACGCAGCCAACCGCAUCAUUGCUGCUGCUGGAAGGGCUCAGCGCGCAGGGAUGAGGGGAAGCCUGGCGGUGCUGCAGAUGCAGCUCAUGCUGCCCGCUGCCAACAGCAGUGCCGCCACCCGGUUCACAUCCCGGCUCUCUGGUUUCCUGGGGCGCGCGUCUUGGGAACUGGGAGUGAGAGGGAAGGUGGGCCUGGCGACGACUGUGAUUCGCCUGCUGGCGGCGUCGGUGCUCGUGCCCUCCCUCACCAUGUUCCCAUCGCCCUUCCCCUGGAAUUCCCAGACCCAGCUGCGCAUGCAAGCCGUGCAAGACAGGAAGCAGGUGAGAUGCGGGGCGGGACGUCAAUUCAUUGCUAUGAUCAUUGACUGA